AUGUCCAAGAAGGGCUCCAGCAGCCGAGCUCGGGGGGAGAAGCCGGACGCCUUGGCUGCCUUGCAGGCUGCCAAUGAAGAGCUCAGGGCCAAGCUCACCGACAUCCAGAUAGAGCUGCAGCAGGAGAAGAGUAAGGUCAGCAAGUUGGAAAGGGAGAAAAACCAGGAGGUGAAGCAAAUCAAAGAGCACGAACAGCAUAAAAGUACAGUGGUGGUGACAGAGCUCAAGGUCAAACUUCAUGAAGAGAAAAUGAAGGAGCUCCAGGCUGUUCGAGAAACACUCCUGAGGCAGCAUGAAUCUGAGCUGCUUAGAGUAAUAAAAAUCAAAGACAAUGAAAUCCAGAGACUGCAAACCCUGCUCAACUCGGUACGCGACGGGGCUCCCGACAAGGUCAAAACCGUCCUGCUGUCGGAGGCCAAGGAGGAGGCCAAGAGGGGCUUUGAGGUGGAGAAAAUCAAAAUGCAACAAGAGAUUUCCGAGCUGAAGGGGGCUAAGAAACAAGUGGAAGAGGCUUUAACCAUGGUUAUCCAGGCUGACAAAAUCAAAGCAGCAGAGAUCAGGAGCGUGUACCACCUGCACCAGGAGGAGAUCAGCAGGAUCAAGAGGGAGUGUGAGAGGGAGAUCCGUAGGCUGAUGGAGGAGAUUAAGUUUAAAGACAGAGCAGUCUACGUGCUGGAGAGAGAGUUAGGGGUUCAAGCCGGGCAUGCUCAGAGACUGCAGCUCCAAAAGGAGGCUUUAGAUGAACAACUUUCCCAGAUCAAAGAGUCUGAUCGGCAUCUGAGCAGCCCCAAGCGGGAACUUCCUUAUCCAAGUGGUGCAGGAGACGCUUCAGAUCAUUCGGGAAGCCCCGAACAGCAGUUGGAUGAAAAGGAUGCCCGGCGCUUCCAACUGAAAAUCGCUGAGCUGAGCGCCAUCAUCAGGAAGCUGGAGGACAGGAACGCGCUGCUGUCCGAGGAGAGAAACGAGCUGCUCAAACGCCUUAGAGAAGCUGAAAGUCAGUACAAGCCCAUCUUGGACAAGAACAAACGCCUCAGCAGGAAGAAUGAGGAGCUGUCCCAUGCCUUACGGCGCAUGGAGAAUAAAUUGAAGUUUGUAACCCAGGAGAACCUCGCCAUGAGACAAAGAGCUGGAUCAAUCAGGAGACCAAGCUCUUUAAAUGACCUUGACCACAGCCAGGAAGAAAGAGAAGUUGACUUCCUGAGACUACAAGUUAUUGAACAGCAAAAUAUCAUUGAUGAGCUCUCCAAGACCCUGGAAACCGCUGGCUAUGUGAAGAGUGUCAUGGAACGUGACAAACUGCUGAGGUAUAGGAAGCAGAGGAAGAAAAUGACAAGAAUUCCCAAGAAGCCGGUGGUGGAGACGUUCUUUGGCUACGAUGAAGAAGCUUCCUUGGAGUCUGAUGGUUCCUCCAUCUCAUACCAAACCGACCGGACGGAUCAAACCCCUUGCACUCCUGAAGAUGACCUGGAAGAGGGCAUGGCCAAGGAAGAGACGGAGCUGCGUUUUCGGCAGCUGACGAUGGAGUACCAGGCUCUGCAGAGAGCCUACGCCCUCUUGCAAGAACAGGUCGGAGGAACAUUGGAUGCAGAACGAGAAGUUAAGACACGUGAGCAGCUGCAAGCAGAAAUACACCGGUCACAGGCUCAGAUAGAAGACCUGGAGAAGGCUUUGGCUGAGCAGGGGCAGGACAUGAAGUGGAUUGAGGAGAAGCAAGCAUUGUACAGAAGAAACCAAGAACUGGUAGAAAAGAUCAAACAGAUGGAAGCUGAGGAAGCUCGCCUAAAACAUGAUGUCCAGGAUGUGAAGGAUCAAAAUGAGCUCUUGGAGUUCAGGAUCCUGGAGCUUGAAGAGAGAGAAAGACGAUCUCCUGCCAUCAACUUCCACCACGGUCCUUUCACGGAGGGGAAAAGCCCUCUCCAAGUCUACUGCGAGGCAGAAGGUGUAACAGACAUAGUAGUAGCAGAGCUGAUGAAAAAGUUGGACAUUUUAGGGGAUAACGCCGUAAGUAACCUGACCAAUGAAGAGCAAGUGGUUGUCAUCCAAGCAAGGACAGUCCUCACCUUGGCUGAAAAGUGGCUCCAGCAGAUAGAAGUGACCGAGUCUGCACUGCAGCAGAAGAUGCUGGACCUUGAGAAUGAAAAGGAGCUGUUCAGCAAGCAGAAGGGCUACCUAGAUGAGGAGCUGGACUUCAGGAAGCAGUCCUUGGACAAAGCUCACAAGCAAAUUCUGGAAUUAGAAGCCAUGCUCUAUGAUGCCCUGCAGCAAGAAGCUGGAGCCAAAAUUUCCGAACUUCUUUCAGAAGAGGAGAAAGAGAAGCUGAAGAGUGCUGUAGAGCAAUGGAAGAGGCAGGUGAUGAGUGAGCUCCGAGAGAGGGACGCCCAAAUCCUGCGGGAAAGGAUGGAGCUCAUCCAGCAUGCACAGCAGAGAAUUAAAGAGCUAGAAGAAAGAAUUGAAGGCCAAAAAAGACAAAUAAAAGAGUUAGAGGAAAAGUUUUUAUUUUUGUUUUUAUUUUUCUCUUUAGCUUUCAUUCUUUGGUCAUAG